AUGCCCACUCCCGGAAUUCUGUACGUCGGGGCCGCAAUUAAGGACCCAGUGCUGGACGAGGCAACCCUCAACAAGUGGUACGACGAAACCCACGUCCCAGAGAUGUUCGCCCUCCGCAACGGGCCCCCCGCCGCCUUCCGCUUCAAAAACACCGACUCCACCCGCCCAUUCCGCUACCUCUGCCUCUAUGUCCUGCCCGACCUGGCCUGGGCCGACUCGGACGACCUCAAGGGCGCCACGCUGACCCACGACGCCCUGCCCAGCGGGCGCUCGUACCUGGAGCUCCUCGACUGGGACCUGCGCCACUACGAGAAAAUCCAAACCUUCGAAGGCCAGAACCCCAAGCCGGACGGCGCCCGCGUGGGCAGCUGCGUCAUCGCCGUCGCCAUGGAGCCCGCCGCCGCCACCGCCGACUCGGACGACCCGGAGCACGACCUCGACGCGUGGUACCGCCUGCAGCACCUCGACAUGCUGAGCACCGUCAAGGGCUACCGCCGCUCCACCCGCUACAAGCUGCGGUCCGCCGUGCCCGCGACCGCCGACGCCGCCGCCCGCAAGCUGGCCGUCGACGAGCUGCCGCGAUACCUGGCCCUGCACGAGUACGACAGCCAGGACGUCCCGCCCGAGCAGAUCAAGCUGGCCGUCAACACCGAGUGGAGCAAGAAGGUCAUUGGCGGCGCCAGGGCCUUUGUGCGAGACGUGUGGCUGCUCACCUCGGAAGCCGGCGAUGCGGCCACGAAGCUGUGA